AUGCUAACCACUUCACUGCCGUUGUUGCCUCCUCCAGCGUCUUCAUUGCUUCCCCCUCUGAACAGUCAUCCCUUUUCAGAUGCGUCCCAUACACAUGAUGGACAAAACUCACUUCAAUCGCAGCAACGACGAACUCGCAGUCACCCACAUGCUUCACACCCCAGAAGUCAGCUUGCAAUUCUCACCCACGAUGAGCGCCUCCUCUCACAGAGAAAACUGGCGAUACAAAUGUAUGGCUACUCAUGGUUGAAACCGGCAGGAUGUGCUAAGACUAUGCUUGGUCGACGCGAAGAAGAGCUUGAACGAGAAGAAGUUGAGCGACAGCUGAGAGAAGCUGAGCUACAGGAACAAACUCAGGCGCAGGCCGAGGAGGCACACAGAGCCGCACAGCUAGACGAACAGCGAGCUCGAGAAGCACGAGGUGAAGACGUUGGCGAAGAAGGUGAACGUGAUCUUGACGAGGAAGUGCCUGAUAUGGAUGCUACUGACGAGUUUGGGGAUGAGGGCAGCAUCGAGGACGAGGACGAAGAGGAUGGUGACGUUGAUCUAGACAAUGAUGUUCCUGAAGGGGACAGUGGCUGGGUCUACGACACGACUCGAGAUCCUGAUACUGAAUCCGAAGACGAGCAACCAAUAUCGUCACAGUUACGACCACCUCCACAAUCCAGACAUUCUAACCAUCUACAUACGCAGCAAUCUCCCAGCCAGGAUCAUGCAACAGCUAAUAGUCUGUAUGAAGUUCACGAGUACACACGAGAUUUCUAUGAUGAUAUGCCAAACAUGGACGAGGAGGCUCCAGAUCUCGAUGAUGAUGUGCCAGACGCUGACGCCGAUGGGGGCUGGGAGCAUACCGAUACUGAGAUGGAGGAAAGCGACAUGGAUAUCAGCAUAGUGCCUCCAGGCGUAGUAGCACACCAUACGUCCAUGCCACCCCCACAGUCGAACAUGAGCCAGCGUUUACAUCGUCAGAAUUUUCAGCAGAGUACUGCUAGCAUGGAAAGUGACAUCGGCUCCAGCAUGCGCAGAACAUCAGGCAACGUGCCUCUUUCAAUGCCACCACCAGCUCGACCAGCGGCAGCGAGCCGGAAUCCAUUACAGGCUCAUCAUUCCCCUCCAAACUUCACUCCAGACCAAGCAGGAAGCGAUUUUAGCGUUAGUGCACUCAUCAGCACUGGCAACACAGACCAAAGCGCGAAUCGAGGAAAUUUAGUCCAACAGGCCUGGCUUGACCCAGCCAGUGCCCGACGAAAUCUGUUCGGGGUCAAUAGGAAUGCUCCUGCACAGCCUAUAGUGUCGUCGAGCAGGGGGAUGUCGUCGCAUCCACAGCCUCAAGCGUCGCAGAGAGUGGGAGGUGAAGCACUAAGACAAGUCAGUAGUGGAGGCUUGUUUACGCCCUCGCCACAACAACAGAAUGAGCAGAGACAGCAGCGUGGUGUAUCUUUCAACGAUGAGUCUCAGAGCAGGACGAGGAGUGGAAGGGUUAUCAGCAGAGUUCGUGGAGGCAGGGCUGCCUAG